AUCUUCAUCUUCAUCUGCAUAUAACAAUCAUAUAAAUACUUUCAUAUUUCAUAAUUUCCAUAAUUUCAAUUAAUUAAAAACCGUAAAACGAUGUCGUUUCAAAUCAAAGCUUUCCUUUUCAUCACAUUCACACUGGCGGUCUCCGCUUUCUCUCCGGCCGAUCACUACCUGAUCAACUGCGGCACCACCGCAUCCACCACCACCGUUGACCUUGACCACCGUCACUUCACCGGCGACGGAUCUUCACCGGUUCUCUCAUCAACCAAGAAAUCAACCGAGUUCAAGAACCCGAACCCGGAUCCGAAUAUUUCCCCAAUUUAUAACACUGCUAGGGUUUUCACAAAACCAACAUCUUAUAAUUUCAAAAUUAAGCAAAAAGGUGCCUACUUUUUGGUAAGAAUCCAUUUUUAUAAAUUCAAGAAUAUUGGUAUUAUUAGUACUAGUGAUACUUGUCAUGAUAAAUUUCAUGUUUUUGCUAAUGGGUAUGUGUUGUUACAUAAUUACUCGCUUUCUAAUAAUGGAAAGUCUGAAAUUAAGGAUUUUUUGAUCUGGGUUAGUGAUGAUGAGAUUGUGAUUAGGUUUAUUCCUGUUGAGAAAACUAGUUUUGCUUUUGUUAAUGCUAUUGAAGUCAUUUCUGCUCCUAAAGAUAUAAUUAUCGAUACGGGUAAUAAUGAUCCGAAACGUGCUUACGAGACUCUUUAUCGGGUUAGUGUUGGCGGUGUUAAAGUUACUCCCUUUAAUGAUUCUUUAUGGAGAAAUUGGGUUCCUGAUGAUGAGUUUUUGAAAUCGGGUGAUGGGUUGGUUGAAAGUUACCGAAAGGUUCAUUUUGAUGGAUGGAUUCAGUACCGGUUAGGUGGGGCGAGUCGUGAAGUUGGUCCGGAUAAUAUGUAUAAUAGUGCGAGGAUUGUUUCUAGUUGGAAUGAUACUAUCCCGAAAGUGAAUAUGACUUGGGUUUUCCCUGUGAAGAAUGGUUUUAAAUAUCUUGUAAGGUUGCAUUUCUGUGAUAUUGCGAGUAUUUCUAUUGGAUUGAUUUAUUUCAAUGUUUAUGUAAAUAGGAAUUUGGUUUAUGAGAACUUGGAUCUGUCGGCGCUCACAAACUAUAUGCUAGCUUCUCCAUUUUAUGCUGAUUUUGAUGUUGAUCCUGAGAAGUACAAUGAUGUUAUAAGGGUUGAUAUCGGUCCUUCAAGUUUGAGCAAGUCACAUGCGGUUGAUGGUAUAUUAAAUGGGUUGGAGAUAUGGAAGAUGAAUAAUUCAAUGAGGAGUCUUGAUGGUGAUAUGUGUGCUGACCAGUUGGAGUCUAAAAAUCAGUCGGGUGGUCAAGUGAGUCGUUUAUUAUCUUUGAGUGCUGCAGUAUGUUUGCUGGCAAUUGCGUUUCUUGUUAUGAGAAGAAAGGCCGAGGCCAAAAAUUCUGAGGGAUGGUCACGCGUACCCAUGUCUGAAAUUGAUCUAAAAUCUAGCUAUCCAAAGCCUACUGUGGUGGAUGUUUGAUUUUAAACAUUUCAUGCUAAUGCAAUUGAAGAUGUCAACUCUCAAGUAUGGAAUUUGAAGAAUGGAUACUCAAGUAUGGAUAUAACAAAUACACUGUAUGUUUUUAAGUUUUGAAGUUAGAACAAUUGCUUGUGUUUCUUGACCUAUCACUCUUGGCUUUUCAUUACAAACUAACUAUUGUUGUUGUGAAAGUGCAAACUAGAAUAUUACGGUUGCACUCUUGUAUUUCGUAAGAACAAUUGUUUUUUGUAAUGAUAUCCAAUUAUGAUACUCAGAAAGCCAUCUACUUGUUUUGGUAAUGUUCUCCUACACAGUUGUUGUUGAUGCAGUAAAUAAGUUCGAUGUUUGUUA